AUGGACUCGCCAGGCAUUGCAAGUUGGGACUUUGCCUACCCAAGCGGCAAAUGCUCUGUCUUGUCAAGCAGCAAGAACAAGAGCAGGAACUUCAACAUGAACAUGAACAGGAAUAUAGAUAUGAACUGUAUCGUGGCCCCCACCAGACCAAAAAGAUGUCUUGCCCAACAGCAAGGGCAACGGCCCAGACAAUGUGUGGCCGUUGACAAAGAGAAAGAGAUGACUGAAGACAAGGAAGGAGAGCGGCAUGUCAUGACAGUGACCGGGAACAAUGUCAACAAUGACCAAGGUACACCCCCUGAGGCGAAACACCACUCUCAGGCAUCAACCAAUACCACCACCACCACCACCACCACCACCACUACCACCGACUUGCACAACUCACCGAAAACACAACAACAUAGCAGCCAUGCCAGCUCAAACACAAACUCGAACUCGAACUCGAAUUCGCACCCUCACCAUCACCAUGAACCACGAACAUAUCUUCUGUCAUCGCCUACCAUCGAAUCAAUCAUAACCUCACAUACCUAUAUGACCAUCUCAACGCUGCUGAUGACUCCCGACACACAACUCAUAUACCUCGUCCCGCAGCACCAUAUCAUGAGCAGUCGAGUCUGUGAGAUCUCUCGGUUUCCUCGAGCCCAGGGCAGCGGGAUCCAGGUGCUGCCUGUGCCGGAGCAGUUUGAACUGAGGGCCAGCACGAGACGUACUUUUGACAAGUCAAGCUGUGAGUGCAAGUCUCGACAACAGCCGAAGCGCAGCGAAAGGAAACGGACAAAUUGUAAUGAAAAGACAGCAAGCAGAACGUUGAUCGAUGGAGAGACAGACAUGAAUUGCAACAAGAGACCGAAAGAAAUGAUGCAGAAUCAGGACGAGACUGUGGCCGAAGAUGCUGACUGUGAGGAUGACGAGGAGGAGGACGACGAUGAUAUAUGUUGUGGCGGUACUUGUGAAAUGUCGACAACAAGAACAACAAGAGCAGCAGCAGCAGCAGCAGCAACAACAACCGACUUUCCACCCAGGUCUGCACCAGGCCGCAAUAGUGUCGUCGACAUCAACCGGCUCGUUCAUGGCGACUCGAUAAAUCCCAACAACGAAAACGAUAACGAUAAAGACGAAGACGAAGACGACGAAAGACUAGCUGUCAAUGAAGUCGUCCGCAAAGUCAUGAGAUAUACGAGAACAAGGGCCUUUGAUGGAUACAUGGCCUUCGAGAACGAUAGGGCUAGUUGGACGUUUUUGGAGAGGGUGGGUGUAGGCGUCAAGAAUGCGGCGCGGAAGGGUCACUGA